AUGACGAUGACGUUGGACCCGAACUCGCAACGCUUCGGCUCGAUAAACUACGGCCACAUGUCUUCCUACCCACCAAGCCAGCCGCACUUCACGAACCCGUGGUCAGCACCGGGCUCGUCGGCGGUUGGCGGCCCCAACGCCGCGCACGCCAUGUAUAGCAGCUCGCAGCCCGGUCUGAACCCGAACCCGUUGAGCCUAGACACCUUGACGAAGCACCACCAACACCAGGCGGCACCGCAACAGCAGCACGUCAGCAGAACGAGCGGCGGCAGCGCGGCUUCCAUGUCUUCCUACGGCUCCGUCCCUGUGACGAGCGCAUCCGCAGGCAGCCCUCACAGUAUGGCCCACGUUGCCGCCCUUGCAGGAGGACCACAGGACUUACUCUCUUCAUCUCAAGAUCUCCUCAGCCUGGGUCGUCUGGCACCAGCAGUUAGCAACGUGCCGACCUCGGCGGGCUACGGCGAUGCCCCGUACACGUCGGCAUCCCCGAUACACUCGACCUACGCAGCAACAUCGCAGGCACCCUACGAGAGCAUGGGCCGCUACGCGCCUGCCCCGAUGCAGCAGCCCACAUUCACCCUCGCAUCCGACGCCGACAACGGCGCACGGAGGUAUUCGCAAACGAGCAUCCCUCAGGAUGACCGCACCCGGUUCGCAGAUGCGCUGGAGGCCAGCCAGGGGAUGCUUUCGAUGAGCCAGGAGACCCCGCGCAACAUCUAUGGCCCCCCAGCAGGCGGCAGGUCACGAGGCUCGGCCGACUCUUACGGAUUCCCCGCAACGCACUCGACCUCGUCUAGCGUAUCGUCCUCCAGCGGAUUCGGAUACUAUGGCGGCUCCGUCGACUCGAGCGUGAGCGACUACUCGACCGCCGGGUCCGACAUCGAGUCGGUGGCCGCCCGGACGCUUCCGCGGCCCCAGGGCCUGCUGGGCCACCAGGUUCCUCCGGCGCCGCAGUCCAUGAUGGGGCAGUUCAGCUCCAAGGUUUCGAGCAGCACCCAGAAGAAGCACAAGUGCAAGGUUUGCGACAAGCGCUUCACGCGCCCCAGCUCGCUGCAGACGCACAUGUACAGCCACACUGGCGAGAAGCCUUUCCAAUGCGAGGUAGAAGGCUGUGGCCGUCACUUCUCGGUCGUGUCCAACCUCCGGCGGCACCGAAAGGUGCACAAGGGCGACGCGCGGUCUGAGGCUGGCUCCGAGGACCACCAAUCCGACUAA